AAGGAACUCUCAGUCUCAUCCCAAACAACUCUUGUCUGCAUGAAAAUGGGAAGACCAGAACUUCUGCUGGUGCUUAAUCUGCUAGUCCUGGCUCAUGGCCAGUUUUCGCAGGAGUCCAUGGAGCUGGAUACCGGUGGGCUGAGCAGAGACAGCUUCCCCAAGGACUUCAUUUAUGGAACAGCAACUUCAGCUUAUCAAGUUGAAGGAGCUGCUCAUCAAGAUGGACGUGGAGAGAGCAUUUGGGAUGUCUUUGUUAAACAACCCGGAAUCGAACCAAAUAAUGCUUCUGGUGAAGUUGCUGUGGAUCAGUAUCACAGAUACAAAGAGGACAUUGAUCUAAUGGCCAAGCUAAAUUUUGAUGCCUAUCGGUUUUCAAUAUCAUGGUCCAGAAUUUUCCCAACUGGAACGGCAAAAGUUAACUGGAAGGGAGUUGCUUAUUACAACAGAUUAAUAGAUUACAUGCUAAAGAAAGGAAUUACUCCUUAUGCAAAUCUUAAUCACUAUGAUCUUCCCCAAGCGCUUCAAGAGCGAUACAAUGGAUGGUUAAGCCGCAAAGUAGUGGAAGAUUAUGCUGAUUUCGCUGACUUUUGUUUCAAGAUGUACGGAGACAGAGUUAAGAACUGGUUCACAUUUAAUGAACCUAAAGUUGUUGCUUCUCUUGGAUAUGAUAAUGGUUACUUUGCACCAUCAAGAUGCUCUAAACCAUAUGGAAACUGCACAGCGGGAAAUUCUGGAACAGAGCCUUAUAUUGUAGCUCAUAACUUAAUCUUGUGUCAUGCUUCUACAGUUCAAAGAUAUCGCGAAAAGUAUCAGGAAACGCAGAAAGGAAGAAUUGGAAUUCUGUUGGAUUUUACUUGGUAUGAACCUCUUACAGGAGAGAAAUCCGAUGAAUAUGCAGCUCAAAGGGCAAGAGACUUUCAUCUGGGAUGGUUUCUUCACCCGAUUGUAUAUGGAGAGUAUCCUAAAAAUAUGCAAAAAAUAGUUAAGGAUAGGCUACCAAAGUUCACUAAAGAAGAGAUAAAAAUUGUACAAGGUUCUGCAGAUAUGGUUGGCAUAAACCAGUACACCGCUUACUAUAUGCAGCACGUUGCAGUCAAUGAAUCAGUGCCACCAAGUUACCAAAAUGACUGGCAUGUCGGAUAUGUUUAUGCCAAGAAUGGUGUCCCCAUUGGUCCAAAGGCACAUUCAGACUGGCUCUAUGAUGUACCAUGGGGUCUGUAUAAAGCAAUAAUGUAUGUUAAAGAACGAUACGGGAAUCCUACUAUGAUUUUGGCUGAAAACGGAAUGGAUCAAUCAGGCGACGUGACCAUUCCCGAUGCUUUGAAAGACACACAAAGGAUCAACUACUACAGGGCUUAUAUACAGCAGCUGAAGAAAACAAUUGAUGAAGGGGCUAAUGUAAUAGGCUAUUUUGCAUGGUCAUUGCUCGAUAACUUUGAAUGGAGAUUAGGUUACACAUCAAGGUUCGGCAUAACUUUUGUCGACUUCAAAACCCUUGAGAGGACUCCGAAAAUGUCAGCAUAUUGGUUCCAGAAAAUGCUGGAGAAAAAGAAUUGAACUGCAGAUUAUGCUCCAUGCAUGUAUUUUCUAAAUCCGUUGCUCAAAUGAAAAACAAAUUAUCGAUUGUAACGGCCAGUGACCUAAAUGAAAAUGUUUAAGAGUAUAAUGAUGUGAAUGAAAGUUUUUUGAGUUGGA